UGUUCACGCGUCACCCAAGUUGAUACUAGUAUACGCAUCUUCAGAAUCACUACGGGCUAUAUGGCGCAUAUCAAUGAUAGUGUCGUGAACAGCAAUGAACUUUUUCACCACGACGACGAUCCUAGAGCUUACCCAUUCCCAUGCGGACGAUUUGCUGGUAAACGGCUCGACACUGUCUCAAAUGGCUUGAGGCGGUGGGCAACACAAGCCCACCUUGCAAGAAGAUCCUGGUAUCCUGCCUACAUAAAGGCCAAUAAACGAUACGAAGAAUUACUCCUUCAAACUCCUGAAGCCUACCCCUUCCCCUUUGGAGAGCAUAAAGACAAAAGACUCGAUGAAGUACCGGAAGACCGCAUCUGGUGGGGUAUUCAUCCUUUACGGUCUGGUAAUGUCUGGCACCAAAACCUGGCGGAGGCAAAUCGUCUUUACUUGGACAAGGUAUACGACCAGAAGUCACCAGGUUCAGUCACAAUAUGGUUUGGAAAGCGGUAUAAGGGAUAUAGGCUCGAUGAUGCAUACAAGCGUCCUGGUUUCAUCAAAUUCUGUCUGAAACCAGAGCAAAACAAAUGCCAGUGGUAUUAUCAGUUCAAAGACCUAGUUCAGAGGUACAGGAUACAUCUCCAGACCCACCGACGGCCACACCACCCCAGAGCACCUGCGCACGUGGAAAACCCCACAGGGCAACUUCUUGGAAAACGGGACGAUGGCCGCGGGUCUGUGGAGCCGGAUGAUGACUAUGAGCGCGAUGGCUUUGUAGUCGAUGAUGACGAGGAAAUCUACCAAGAGGAUGGUAGUGAUUUUGAACCAGCCAAUAACACCAAUGAUCCCGCAGUGGAUGUCGACAGUGACAGGCAUGACGAAGAAGAGCACGCUAACUCUGACUCUGCAAAAACCAGUGACGCAGACCGAUCUGUCGCACAGGCAGAAAGGCUCUCACCCUCCCACGCGAGUGCAGACAUCUCUCAAGCAUCGGGCUCAGAUCCAGAUGACAAUAUACCUCUGGAUGAAUUGCGCAACAAGACUAUAAUAAAGCGCUUGUCUGAUGGAAUAAAAACAAAGGACACAAUUUGCCAUUCGAGCUCGGGAGAGGAAACUGAUACCACUGAGCAGCCCCCACCAAAACGCCUCAGACGCAAGUCCGAACAUGAAGUCCAUAGGUCUGCACAAACCGAUUCCCACUCUGAUGUAGAGUCCGCUGCACUAGAUGAGCCUGAGACCUCUCAUCACCAACAACUCUCUCAAUCUCUCAGUGCUUUGUCGUUGUCUCAAGAAUCCGCUGGAAGCCCAGACAAUGAUGAUGAACUCCCACACGCACCUCGUAAGUCUCUGCGACUUCAAGGGACGUCUGUACGACGCGAUGACGACUUGGACACACCAGAGUAUGAUACUCGUAUGAAUACACCUUCACGCCUGGGAAGACGCUAUCGUGCAUUGAUUCAGUCAGAUGUUGAGGAGUGAGGAUUUCAGCGAUCCUCGAUACAUAUGGACCUUCAGAACAAAUGUAGUUGUAGUUGUGGUGAGCCUAAAUUGAUAUGGAAGCAAUUUGAAAACUGUGGACCGUACCCUACCGUACCUUU